AUGAAUAUUCGUAGGAGGAUGUUUACUGGAGUGCGUGUGGCUAAGCAUAGUCCGAUGGUGUCUCACCUAUUCUUUGCGGAUGAUAGCCUCCUGUUUUUCAAUGCCAAGGCCAUUGGAGCUCAAGCUAUCCGUCAAGCUCUGGACCUCUAUUCUGCCGCAUUUGGUCAACUUGUGAACUUUGAGAAAUCUGCGGUCUCCUUUAGCCCGUGUGUGUCUCGGCAGGAUAUGGAUAAAGUGGUUUCUAUUUUGGGUGUUAAAGAAACCAAUGGCCAAGCAGUGUAUCUGGGUCUUCCUACGUUUGUUGUGCGGCAUAAGAUGAUUCAAUUUGAUUAUUUACGCGAAAGAGUUUAUAAAAAGCUGAAUUCAUGGAAGAAUCGAUACUUCUCUGUCGAGGGAAAAGAGGUCCUUAUUAAAUCGAUUAUCCAAGCAACUCCCACAUGUACCAUGAGCUACUUCAAGAUACCGAGUGCGGUUUGUCAUGACAUCGAGAUGGCCUGUGCUAAUUUUUGGCGGGGUGAGUCGGAUAUCGGUAAAUGCCUUUAUUGGGUCUCCUGGAAGGCUCUUUGCGAACAAAAAUCUAAGGGCGGUAUGGGAUUCCGCCGGAUGGAGGCUUUUAAUCGAGCUUUACUUGCGAAACAAGUGUGGCGUCUUGUGAAAUUCCCAAGUUCUUUGGUUGCGCGAGUCCUGAAAGGAAGUACUACAAAGAUGAUGAUUUUUUCGCUGCUAGAGUCCUCUCUAAUGCCUCCUAUAUCUGGCCCUCGAUCUGUUGGGGGGUGA